GAUCCCGGCUCCGGGAACUGGCGUGUGCGAGGCCGCGGAGCUGAAUGGGAUUCUGUGGAAGUGUCUUUGGAUAAAGUCAGAAACAUAAACGGGAAGUUUACAUUACUGUGAGAUACUGAAGGAACCGAACUGCCUACAGAUGCGUGACAUUUUGAAACAGCCGGUGACUGGGGAAAGGCCAGCCUGGCGAAAGCGUGGUUGGCGAAGGGCGCAGCGCGUGCACAGGUCUCCAGGCAGGAGAGCAGCGUGGCGGAGCCGCGGGCUGGCCUGAGAGCUGUGGCUGGGUGCGCAGGGCCGAGCAGGGGAGACGAUGGCCCAGGUCAAGGCGCGGUUAGCCCUGGAACUCGAGAUGUUAUUCUGGGUGCAGUUAGAGCCGCUGAUGGGCUCCUAAAAUAACACAGUCACCGAUGCAUUUCUGAGAAGGCUCGUGGUCGCUGAGGGCAUUCCGGGCUGCCUGCCAGGUCCGGAGGGCUGCCUGGACCACGGUGGUAACUUUGGGACUGCAGAGUAAGGGAGGAACUUAAAGUGGGCUUUGGGGAUACAAGUAACAGGAACUGCUGACUGUUCAGACGGAGUCGGAGAGAGGGGUGGUGCUGCAGUAUAAAAUGCAGAAUGCUCCAUUACAGCGGGUGUAAAUGGCAGAUUAAUGCCGAGUAACCUCUAUAGCACACGCCCUGUUGUGUUUGGAAGGGAAGCUCACUGACCCAGGGCCCGCCCAAGCCAGUGAGCCAGUCGAGCUCACCUUUUAAAAGCAAUCUAGAUCCUGGGGUGGAGCCGGCCUGGAGCCACUGGAGGAUCCAAGGGUGGGGUGAAACAGGGCCAUCCUGAGCCCGGGCUGGAUGACUCAGUGAGGGGCCAUCCUCGACAUGGCCGCUUAGCUUUUUCUGUCACAUCAUUUAGGCCUCUUGUGUAGGUGGGCCUUCUGUAGAUUUGACUGCGUCAGAUUACUUUCAGUGAAGUUUUUGAAGCAACUACUGGAAAAUGAAGUCAUUAGAAAGGAUUUCUCUGAGUGCAGACAAGUAGAUUAUUUGACCGUUGUUCUAGUGUACUGUUCCCCAGCAGUCUUCUUUUACUUCUGAUUUUGUUUACAGAUAGGCAUCUGUACGUAAGAGGCGUGAGAUGCUGUUCUCCCCACGGACCGUUAGUGGUGUUCACCUCACCCACCCCUAGGUCACGCUGCAGCCCCGGCCGAGUGCAGUGCUUUUGGAAGCCCUCCCGAGCCCCGGGGAUACUCAGCCCCUUUCCCGUGACACUGUGUGGCUUGUCUUGCGGAGCCCAGCUUCUCUCCUCGCACGUUGCAGCAUCCAGUAUGCAUUUCCGCUGGGCUGCAGGCUCCCUGAGGGUCUUCUUUGAUGUGAAGAUUGGAGAGAAGGAUGUAGGCAGAAUUGUGAUUGGCCUCUUUGGAAAAGUCGUACCCAAGACUGUGGAGAAUUUUGUUGCUCUGGCCACAGGAGAGAAAGGCUUCGGGUACAAGGGAAGCGCCUUCCACCGUGUCAUCAAGGAUUUCAUGAUUCAAGGAGGGGACUUCACUGCUGGGGACGGCACUGGUGGCAUGAGCAUCUAUGGCGAGAUAUUUCCGGACGAGAACUUCAAGCUGAAACACUAUGGCAUUGGGUGGGUCAGCAUGGCCAACGCUGGGCCGGACACCAAUGGCUCCCAGUUCUUCAUUACCUUGACCAAGCCCACCUGGUUGGAUGGCAAACAUGUGGUAUUUGGGAAAGUCCUCGAUGGCAUGACAGUGGUGCACACCAUAGAACUCCAAGCAACUGAUGGGCAUGACCGGCCCCUCACCAACUGCUCCAUCGUCAACAGCGGCAAGAUAGAUGUGAGAACACCCUUUGUGGUGGAGGUCGCUGACUGGUGACACCUCUGGCAGGAAACCAGAAGCGGUUUGUGGGGCCUUGUCCACGUGGCGGGGCUGGCGCACAUAGGCGUGCCUGUCUUUUAAUUCUUCAGUUACUUUUUUUUUACUUUCUUUUAAUUUAUCAUCUAGUUCCCAAGAGAUUUAAAAAUCAACCACUCAAAAUUUGGUUUGCACGAAUUUUGGUAAAUCACUCAUUUAGGGAAAAUCAUACCCCCUUCUACCAUUGGUGCUAUUUUUAAAUUGGAAAAUUUUGUACUAUUUAAAGACACAAUCAUUUCUUUGUUUUUGCUAAGUUUAUUGUUAUUCCACGUUAGAUAAUGCUAAAGGUUUUUUUUAAAAAAAGAUUAGGACAUGAAGUUUAUUGUUUUGUAUUCAAACAGUUCUUUCCAGGUAAAGGGAGAUUGGAUUUGUUUAAUCUGAUGU